AUGGCGACGCCGCGCCAUGGCGACUUGGAUUCCAUAUGUAGUCUGUCGUCGUCAGAAAACAGUCCCCGUGGCGGCGGGCAGUCCAGCGAGCGUCUCAUCGACCUCCUCACCCGCCCAUGCGCGCAAGGUGGCUACGGCGGCCGCCUCAACUACACGGGAUUCGCCACCUUGGCCGCGUCUCUGGGCUGGAACCAGGAAGAUAUGGACGACUGCUGGUACGACAUCGUGAUGGGUGAGCCCUGCGCCGAGGCAGUCGACAUGAAGCGGGUCGCUGAGUGCGUGUGCAGCUACUGUCUUGCCUCUCCUCUUCCCAUUCUGGAGCACAGCACUCUUGCCAAAUCGAGUGCGGCGAAACCGGCAACACCCCCGCGGCUGCCGCACGCCUCCAGAGAGCGGAGCACAACAGUUCUGCUUUCUCCCCCAACGCCGCGGUUCCGCAGGGCCGAAUCCGUGGCGUCCACCUUGCCAAAGACAGGAGACAAGCAGCGCGUGACGACCGCCACAGCGUCACCAUCACAAGCUUGCGCGCACCGCCGGUGCACAGCGCCGAACGUCUUCCCUCGAUAUGCGGUGGAAACGGUGUCGAGCGAGCAAAAGAAGGCGUCGCUGUCGCCCGGACGCGGGUCUCACAGACCACAUAACAGACGAACUACAGCAAAGUCGUCACGACAAACGUCGCCAGCGCCGACGCUGUCGCAGACUUCCGGCCCUUCAGGUUGUAGCGUGUUCUCUCGCUUGUACGAAAAGGGGAUGGAGCAACACCGGAAGCGCAUAGCUGUAAAGCCGGUCGACAGCGACGCGGCGGAGUGCACCUUCCAGCCGCACAUCACCCCGUACACGCCGAAGGCAGCGGAUACGGCGAGUGUUCACUAUAAUAAGCCGACGGAGUCCUAUUUCGCGAAGCUGACGGCACCGGGCACGCCGCCAGACGCCAUCUGUGCCUCCCCGGAAACGCCACGGGUGACGUACCAUCCAGCCCCAGGACCGUCGUCCGACGUUCCGGCAGGCUACGUCGAGGGUGUGGCUCGCCUCCGCAGUUACAUCGCCUCUCGCUACGCGCACGCGACCUUUGCGAGCAGCCUGCGGGGGAGCUCUUCAGCCGACGUCGCACAUCUGGUGGAGGCACCGAUACUGCGGCUGCCUGUCACUGUCAGAGGGGUGACGGACGCUGUCGACGUUCGACUCGCCUCUCCGGACACGCGCGCCUCUCUUGGGCGAGAGUGUAGUGUGGGCCCACGGCGUCCCUGCUUCCGGCAGCGGUGUGAAGCUCGUCACGUAUCGUUUCCCUCGCCGUCAAGGGUGCGAUUUCAGUCGUAA